CUCCUUAGAAGUUCGCCAGUGUUGGGUCCCGGCGGGUUAUUAUAUCAACUUCUUCGUUAAUGGGCCGAGCAAGGAUAUACUCCCUUUCCUGGUCGAAUCCCGCAAUUUCUCGCCUCCCGUGUCGAUCUCGUGGGCUCCUGCGAGCGGCUUGCCAGUCACACCAACGCUGAGGCGAUUGGUUUCAUCUUCAGGAUGGAAGAGACGAUACUUCUCGGGGCACGCUGAUGCAGGCAACGCCUUUAUCGAGGUGACACCCUCAUCAACCUGCAACUUUCUGGUGGUCGGCGAGCAGACCACCCUCCUACCAGGUCAGCUGACGUCUUUACCGGCGGCGCCCCCGAGCACAGCCAUGGGAUUUGGUCGAAUGGUGCUCUCGGGAGAGAUCACCCAAGACCACAAACGGGGAACGAGCUCGAACACGGACAAGCAGACUCACGGUCUGCCCAACAAGUGGGUGAAGCCCAGGCGGGUCGAUUCUCCAUCUCCUUCUCCACCUCCUUCGCCGCCUCCUUCUCCACCUCGUUCACCACCUCGUUUGCCACCUCGUCUGCCACCUCGUUCGCCACCUCGUUCGCCAUCUCCAGGCUCACCUCCAACCUCUUUGAGGUCACACCGAGCGGAAGGUGACGACGACGGUGCAGUUGCUGGAAUGGUCGGGACGGUCGGGACGGAGACGGUCGGGACUGAGACGGUCGGGACGGAGACGGUCGGGACGCAGACGUUCGAGACGGUCGGGAUGGCAAACCCCGUCGGAUCCGACGUUGGUAUCCGGGGCGAGGGCGCGGAUGUCCCCUCCUCAAAGGUCGAGUACAAGGACUAUCAAGCCUUACUCGAACAGACCAAGAAGAUGUAUGGGUGGUGGAAGAAGGCUGAAAUCAAGCUGAAGGCGGAGCAGGAGAAGACGGGGGUGGUUGAUAGGUCUGAGUAUGAGGAGCUGACGGAAUGGAGGAUGGCUGCGGUGGACACCUUUUUGGAACAAGCGAAGCGUCUAUAAUUGU